AUGUCCACAACACCUCUCCCCACACAUAAAUCACCAAAAUGUGACUAUGCUAGUGAGCAGAAAGUGAAUGUCUGUUUACAGCCGAUGCUGAAAUUUGCGGCACAGUUGCAAAGCGAUACCGGAAUGCAAUUGCCCGUACAAGGACGUCACGUUUUCGCCCAACUAUGCACAAUAUAUAAAGAGUUUAAAAGUUGUGUGAAAGAUCUGGAAUGUGAUUCAUUGUCCGAGGAUGCUGUCGAUGCUUCGUAUGGGUACAUGUGCGGAAGUGGGCAAGCACUAUUUGAGCAACAUGCAGCUUGCUUUGCACAGGUCGAAGUGGAAAAGGAGUACAUUAGUUGCAAGAUCGCGGCCACUCAAGCGAUCGCGGAAGCGCAAAAAAGCAAGAGCAAAUCCACUGAAGCUUAUCUUUCUGAAAUGUGUCGAGCAAUGGAUGGAUAUUUAAGAUGCUCACAUCCGAUUAUUCUUGCCCACUGUGGUCCCGAAGCUUGGAAACUUGUGUCAACGGUGACCGCUGAUUCCCUUGGAGUUACAAUGCCGGAUUGUGAUAUGCAUUCGGCUCUCUUA